AUGACGACCACCGGCGAUUCUUUUCCUACCGAAAAGCGCGACAAGGGCGUCGCUUCUGCACAUGAUGAAGGGGAUAGUGAUGACGAUGUAUUCCACGAUGCGCGUUUCCCCGCGGAGGAAGAAGCUCAACUCCUGAAGGAGUCUAAUGGAAUUAAAACAGAAGCGAACCAAUUGUUUAGCUCUGGCUGCUAUGACCAAGCGAUCUCCUGCUACGAUCGGGCUCUCGCCUCCUGCCCCAACUACCUGGAUUAUGACGUUGCCGUGCUCCGGUGUAACAUGUCCGCGUGCUACCUGAAAAUGGAAGACUGGAAAUCCGCAGUUGACACUGCAACCAUAUCCCUCGAUCGCCUUGAAAAGAUCAUUCCUUCCGAACCGUCGACCACAGACCAAAGCGAUUCAAAAGAUUCCCAACCCACACCCACCGUUACACAGGACAGUGAUGCAGUGAUUGAGAUAUCCGGGGAAGAUGCCGAUGCAGAGGAAAAAGAGCUGGAACGCUUGAAGCAAUUGGAUGAGACCCGCACCAAUGUCCUGCGGAUUCGGGCUAAAGCUCUCAUGCGGCGCGCCAAAGCCAAAUCACAAACCGGCGGCUGGGCCAGCUUACAGGGUGCUGCAGAAGACUAUCAAGUCUUGGAUGGAAUGAACAACCUCCCACCUGAGGACAGGCGGAUUGUGCAACGGGCACUUCGUGACCUUCCAAGCCGCAUCAACGAGGCCAAGGAGAAAGAGAUGGGUGAGAUGAUGUCAAAAAUGAAGGACCUCGGGAAUGGCUUCUUGAAACCAUUUGGUCUAUCUACGGAUAAUUUCAAGUUCGUUCAGGACCCGAAGACAGGCGGAUACUCUAUGAAUUUCGAGUCUUGA